AUGACCACACCACUACCCACAAUCCUAACCUACCAACACAACGCCAACCUCCACACCAUCCAAACAAAGCUAACAGCAAUCCACCCAUUCGACACCCUUGCAGAGCCAAACCGCAACCUCUUCAAACAAGCCACAAAUGAAGACCAUGUCCUCAUAACCGAGGAGACAAUAUUCCACCCCCAAGGCGGCGGCCAACCCUCCGACACCGGCACAAUCACCAGCACCACCUCAGCCGCGACCUUCACAGUCUCAUCGGUGCGCAUGGACGUCCUCGACGACGGACAAGUCCUUCAUCUCGGCCGCUUUAGUACCCCAACGGUACCAUUCACCCCGGGCGAAUCAGUCACCCAAACUAUCGACGCGCAAAAGCGCCUCCUUUACUCCCGUCUCCAUACCGCGGGCCACGUCCUCGGCGCGGCGGUUCGACAUCUUCUGGAGGAUGAGAUCGAGGGGUUCGACGAGCUGAAGGCGUCGCAUUUUCCGGACUCGGCAGCUUGUGAGUUUCGGGGGCUGAUUGAGGGAAAGUGGAAGGGGGUGAUUCAGGAGAAGGUGGAUGAGUUUGUUAGGGCUGAGAUGCCAGUGGAGGUGGAGUGGUGGGGGGAAGAGGAGUUUAAGGAGAGGGGGUUGGAGAGGUUGAUUCCCGAGAGAAGGCUGGGGCCGGGGGAGAAGUGGAGGGUUGUCAAUAUUGUAGGGGCGGAGGUUUACCCGUGUGGAGGGACACAUGUUGAGAGGACGGAUUUGUGUGGGGGGGUCACUGUUAGGAAGAUUUCGAGAAGUAAGGGCGUUUCGAAGGUGGGGUAUGCUGUUGAUUAG